AUGGAAGCAACGUGCACUGCUUUUAAUUGCCAUUUUGAAGGAUUGGCAACUUCAUCAAUCGAUUGCGCUGAGUUGCUGGGGGAGAGCAACCACGGCAUUUUCAAAUCCAUCAACACCAAGAAACCGUCCGAGGAGUUGGUCGUCAAUCUGACCGAUCAAUUAGACGAAGUCAAGUUCUUUCAGUGGGUACACGCGUUAUCCAAGCGUGAUGUCAGACGCAUCGAGUAUCACAUUGUCAUCUGUGACGAUUCCGACUUGCAUUCUGUUCAAGUGGAUUUCAAACUAUCGACCCCAGGCGACCGCAAUUGCUUGGACGAUUUGGCGUUUCUCACCGGGGAUGCCAACGACGGUGCCGUGUUUUAG